CAGUACACGUCUUGCAGGAGGAGCUCAGUAUCAUCGGCGAUAUGCGUAUGUCUGUAAUAUCUCUCCUUUGCCUUGCGGCUGUGUUAGUCGUAUGCCAGGCCAAGGAUUAUAGGACUUUCCUGAGAGGUUUACAAGGAGAGCUUAGACAUGAACUAGCUAAGGAGGAAAUCACAGAAUUCACCAAACUUGCUGAACUGACAGAAGACUUGCAUGGAAAUAAGUCAUGCAACUGUGGACGCACUUCCUGUUCCUGUUGUGUUGAUAUUCGUCUUCGUGUGCUGCCGCCAUUGCAUGUUUGUGGAAAUGCAUCCUUUGACAGAAAUAUAGCUGUUGAUAUUGCGAUCAUUGUUAACGGAGAGCCUGUUUGGACCACCAAAAUAACAAGUCCGAAACCUCCUCGGGUCUGUAAGAAAAUCAAGAAUUUUGAGGUUUGCCUGUUCUUUGACCACGUUUCUAUCGAUCUGAAUGCCAAAACUUUCUUUGGAUGUGUAAAUUUUAAAUUUUCGAUUGGACCAGCGGUUAAACUUGGUUGUUUUCAACUGCCUCCGAAGUCACAACACCAUUCAAACCGAAACCAAAAACCCGGGCUUUAGAACAUCCCUCUGAUACACUCCAUACUGAGUUUCAAUGAAUUGUUCAUCUGACAAACAAUGCAUAAUGUUAUUCAUCUUUGAAAACAUCAGUUUGAAACCUUCCUUACAAAAUGAAAUAAAAUGGAUCAUUAUAUAAUUUUGUUGACCAAUAUUUUGUUGGACGUGUUAAAUUAUACUUUAAUUACCGAAUUUAAAAAGUUUAUUAGAAGAGAAACGCAGCACCUUUAUGUAAAGUAUUCAUGCACCUGUGAAAUUCCUCGAUUUUACUUCCUCCAAAAUCACCAAAUGAUAAUUUUCUGGUGAUCAAAAAUAAAAAUCCAGGGAAAACCAGGAAUGUAUUUGGUUACGCAUGUGUACAUGACUGAGCAGAAGGAUUACUAAUUAAUACAUUAGCCUACUUUUUUACGUUUGCUUGUGAUGUGACGCGAUGUCCAAGCCUUCCACUCUAGAGACUUAAGUGUUGAUCUGCAGGACCAGGAAAGUUUCCAUCGGAUACUCCAGUUUCCUCUCACGGUAAACGCCUUCAUAUGCUCCCAUCCUCUCGCAUCUAUCCACGCCAACAACUGAUUCAAUUUCAAGUAAUGGAGUAAGCCAACGAGAUUUUAGCCCGAGAAUGAAGUUAAUUCCCCAACAGUGUAAUUAUGAUAGACUGAACAAUAAACUGUGUAUAUUGUCAUACUAUACCAAAAGCAUCUUCAUCUAACAGUUUGAAGUUCUAUUAUUUUGUUUUGAAUUUGAAAUGAAUAAAUACUGUAUUGCAUCACAAAGACUUUU